CACACACACACACCUCAGUGCAGAGGAAUUCAGUGUUUCCCAACCUCCUCCAGAAAUUAUUGCUGCAAUCUGUGUUUCCCUGUAAGAAUCUGAGGCGGGGAGACAUGGAGCAUGACGCUGAGGGUCGGAUCAGAACCAGAACUCCUGUUGCUGUUCAGAACCGAGCUGCAGCUGGGCCCGGUUCUGGAGGCCGAACAACAAAGAGACUCAUUGAUCUGGAUUCCUCAGAUCCAACCGGGUCACGGGUCAGCAGUGACUGACGGUUCCAGGCGUGUUGAGAUGCAAAAUUCUGCAGAAUCCCGUCGUCAUGGCGUCCAGAACCAGAUGGGACGCGGUGAAGGGGCGAGUAACCAGAGGUCCUGAUGACGACCCGGACGGGUCGCUGGAGGCCAACCUGGAGAACGCCGACCCGGAGCUGUGCAUCCGCCUGCUGCAGGUUCCCACCGUGGUGAACUACUCCGGUCUGCGGCGGCGCCUGGAGAAGAGCGACGAGUCGUGGAUGGUCCAGUUCCUGGAGCUGCAGGGUUUGGACCUGCUGAUGGCGGCGCUGGAGCGGCUGUCGGGCCGCGGCUGCGCCCGCAUCGCCGACACGCUGCUGCAGCUCACCUGCGUGUCGUGCAUCCGCAGCGUCAUGAACUCGUCCGCCGGACUCGACUUCAUCCUGGACAACGAGGAGGGAUACAUCCGGACCCUGGCCCAGGGUGGGUGCCGCCGCCCGGUUCCGCCUGCUGCGGGUCCGAUACCAUCAGGAAGCAGCUCAACCUGUUGGUUGCCAUGACAACCUGCAGCUGCGGCGCUUCAAGAAUG